AUGGCAGGGUGGGAGCUCUACUCUGCAUUGCCGCUCACGGGCUCGCAAGUCCGCAUCCUGACAGUCGAGCCUGGAGAGUAUGGGGAGACACUACAGACCAAACUGCGUCUUGGCUACCUGCUCCACCCAACAGGGGCGCUCUUGCUGGAGGAAACUUGUCCUGUUCAAUACCAAGCGCUGUCGUACCAUUGGGGACCCAAAGGAGAGCGCACAGUCGGCCUGCAACUACUGGCGAGUGUCCAUUGGGGAGUCAGCAUUUCAGGGUUGGCACGGCUCAGGCACGACUGGCAGCCGGUGAAUUUCUGGAUCGACGCGAUCUGUAUUAAUCAAGAAUAUUUCGAGGAAAAGGCUCUCCAAGUACCUCGAAUGUGGUUGUGGCUGGGACACGGAGAUCAGCAGAUUCGAGAUCUUCUUGAUCGAUUGGCACACACCCUAGACAGGGCGACUGAUCAACAAGUCGCUGAAAUGGGUGAAGUAGGCGAAAAAUUGGAGGUCCUAUGCGUUUGGUCCUCUGCAGGUCCUAAAACCGCGGUUCCACAAACUUCAGCGGAGCUCGUUCAACGCAUCCAAACUCUGCUGUGGCUUCCAUGGUUUAGUCGAGUGUGGUGCAAACUGGAAAUCUGGGCAGCUCGCAAGGCAUCACUACGUUACGAAGACAUUUCAUGCGAAUGGCAAAAUUUCGAUGCCGAUUUCUUCGAACGCAUAGAUACGAGCACUACUGCAGACGUCCAAAGUGUUCCGGGAAUGACACGAGCUAUGCAAAGUCUUGCACGAAUCCGAGACCAACAUUUGAGAGCCGACGGCGCAACACUUGCAAGCGUGAGAGACAAAGACAUACGCAACCCGUACCUCAGGGAAGAUUGUGCUGGAUACAGAGGGACUAGAUAG